AUGGAAGCGAAUGUUCAUCACAUCGCAUCGCUCGUCAUGGCCUCGAAGCCACAGCCGGAGCAGCAGCAGCAGCAGCAGCAGAAGGCGUCUGAGGAGGACCCGCCGCCCCCCCGCGUCGAUGCCGUCCGUGGCCUCGUCGGCGAGGAGCUCCUCCAGACCGAAGACGACGAUGCCUCCUCAUCCGUGCCCGAGACGACGCGCCGCGAGGUCUGGGCCUGGUACGCCUACUACGUCGGGGCCAACGGCCUCGCGCUCUUCAACUACGGCCCGACGGCCUUCCAGAGCCUCCUCCAGCAGGCCGCCGACGACGCCGACACCAACGCAUCGUCCGCGGCGGGCCUCCUCCCCUUUGCCGGGCGCGACCGCGACGUCAACUCCAUCCUGCUCAUCGCCAACGGCGUCUCCUUCGCCGCGCAGGCCGUCCUCUUCCUGCUCAUCGGCGCCUACGCCGACUUUGGCCCGUCGCCCGUCCGCCGCGCCAUCCUGCUCGCCUGGUCGCUCGUCGGCUGGGCCGUGGGCUUCGCGUGGCUCGCCGUCCGCCACCCGAGCCAGUGGCGCGCCGCCACGGGGCUCUACGUCGUCGGCCUCAUCGCCUACCAGCUCACCCUCACGUACUGGACGGCCGCGUUCCCCGAGCUCGCCCGCAACGCGCCCGGCAUGCGCGAGGCCAGGCGCGAGGCGGCGCGUACGGGGCUGACCGAAGGCUUGCUGCGUCGCGACGAGCUCGAGCGCAGCCGCCUCAGCAACGUCGCCUUUUGGGCCCAGUCGGUCGGCGAGCUGGCCAUCCUCGCCGUCAUCGUCGGCAUCCUCUUCGGGCUGGGCUACUCCAACGCCGCCGACGUGGACCCCGCCGCCAACAGCCGCGGGCUGAGCAUCGUCAUCGCCUUCACCGCCGGCUGCUGGCUCGUCCUCUCCGCCGGCUGGUUCCUGCUCGAGAAGCGCCGGCCCGGGCGCCCCAUCCCCGCCGGCCGCGGGCCCCUGACCGUCGGGCUGUGGCAGCUCCGCGAGGCGGCCGUGCUGAUAUGGCGGCUGCGCCAGAGCCUCAUCUUCCUCGCCGGCUACUUCCUGCUCGGCGACAGCCUCAACACCACCGUCACCGUCAUCGCCACGCUGCAGAACCAGAUCGUGAGCUACAGCACCCUCACCCUCACCUACCUGCUCAUCGUCGGCAUCGCCGCCCAGGCCGCGGGCAUCGGCGCCUUCUGGCUCGUCCAGCGCCGCCUGCGCCUCGGCCCCAAGGCCAUGUUCUGCGCCGUCAUGGUCGGCAUCGUCCUGCUCGACGGCUGGGGCAUGGUCGGCAACUGGACCGACCGCUUCGGCUUCCGCAACCCCUGGGAGGUCUGGGCGUACCAGGCCUUUUACGGCCUCUUCGUCUGCCCUUGGUACAGCUACUCGCAGAUCAUGAUUAGCUCCGUCACGCCCCCGGGCCACGAGUUCCUCUUCUUCUCCGUCUUCAACGUCAUCGGCAAGGCCUCGAGCUUCAUCGGCCCCCUCAUCAGCAGCGCCAUCAUCGAUGCCUCACCUGGCGGCAAGAACAACAGCGCGCCGUUUUAUUUUCUCUUCGCGCUCAGCCUGGUCAGCGCCGUCGCCAUCUGGCUCUUUGUCGACCUGGAUAAGAGCGCCAAAGAGCAGGCCGACUUUCUGGCCCAGGAACAAAAGCGUCUGGCCGGCACUAGCAGCGAUGAUGAGGCGCCCGGUGUCAACAUGAAGUCGGGGAAGCCUCAUGCCGUCCGGUAGCGCGCGUGCGCGGCGUGAUUGCAUUUCUCAUUCUUACUGGGGAGUCACGCCCGCCACGGCAGCAGCAGCGAGAGGCAACGCAGUAUGGGGAGGCAAACGAUGCCCUGGAUGUGUUUAUUCUUUUUUUGUUCUUCUCGUUUUUCUUUUGCUCUCACCGAUGGCCCUCGGAUGCCUUGUUGCCGGCGGCAGCUGCGCCUUCUCUACAUCUUGGGCAGCACCGUCCUGCAGUAACACGAAGAGCUGAUGGGCACGUCUGCUCGUGCCAGCGCGGCCUGCAGCUGCGGGUGCACCCUCUUCGCUUCCUCC